AUGGACCUGCAGAGACUCGACUCCUACCAGUGGGGAGCUGGCCCCGACUUCAACGAGAAUGUCCUGCAUAAGACCAUCCUGGUGGGCGACAGUGGCGUGGGGAAGACAUCUCUGCUGGUGCAGUUCGAUCAGGGCAAGUUCAUCCCAGGCUCCUUCUCGGCCACCGUGGGCAUCGGAUUCACAAACAAGGUGGUGACCGUGGAUGGUGUGCGGGUGAAGCUGCAGAUCUGGGACACUGCAGGACAGGAACGGUUCCGCAGCGUCACCCACGCCUAUUACCGAGAUGCCCAGGCCUUGCUCCUGCUGUAUGACAUCACCAACCAAUCCUCUUUCGACAACAUCAGGGCCUGGCUCACUGAGAUUCAUGAGUAUGCACAGAGGGACGUGGUGAUCAUGCUGCUAGGCAACAAGGCCGAUGUGAGCAGUGAAAGGGUGAUCCGUUCGGAGGACGGAGAGAUGCUUGCCAGGGAGUAUGGCGUUCCCUUCAUGGAGACCAGCGCCAAGACGGGCAUGAACGUGGAGUUAGCCUUUCUGGCCAUUGCCAAGGAGCUGAAGUACCGGGCAAGACGGCAAGCCAAUGAGCCCAGCUUCCAGAUCCGAGACUACGUGGAGUCCCAGAAGAAACGCUCCAGCUGUUGCUCCUUCCUGUGAAUCCCAAGGGGUGAAGGGGAAGCUCCAGAGGCCCACAGGAUGCAGCUGUCUCCCCAGACCUGGGUGUAUUUCAAGUGGCUGAGCCAAUGGGGAGAAAGUCGGGGG